AUGAGACAAAAGCAAACAGGUAAAGGCUUCAAAAAACCUCCUGCAAGAAAAACCGAUGUACCAUCAUCACAAAAGAAAAGAGGUGCGGAUAUGAUGUCCAUUUCUGAUUUUGAGGACACCAAAGUACAUGAAGGAAAUAACUAUCAAGAACAAAUUCAUACCUCUAAAAAGAAAAAGAAAGCUAAUCGAAUGACUCAAAAGAAAAAACGAGCAAAUAUCACAGCAUCGGACAAGCCUAUUGUCCAAAUACGUCAAAAAACAAGUCAUGAGAGGACCUUGUAUUACUUAGAACAGCUCAUGUUGAAACACCAAAUAACAAAAAGAUUCCCACAUUUAGCCUUCGAAAAAGUGGCUCACGGUUUUGACAUUUAUUUUCGUCCAAACAUCAAUCUCAAUGUAGACGAAGAGAUUGACCAAAACCCCAACGCCACACAAGAUGCUGCAACGUCAGAGAGUACAAACGUUAUCAAAUUUAUAACAUUGCUCAGCAAUCUGUUGCCCAUUCGAGAUUUACAAAACAAAUCCAUUAUGACAGGAGCCUUUCAAAAAGGAAAAUUAGGAGGAGGCGUUCAAGUGAUAGGAGCGUCUUCAAAUCUGGAAUCAAACAGCGAUGCAGAUACGUACUACAUUGAAAUUGCCCCUAUUUAUACAGGUGAUCUUGUGUGUCUUCCUCAAAGAUUAUAUAAUAGUAGCGGGCAAAUAGGACCCUUAGUUGUUUGUUACAAAGUUACCAAUUCCCUGUUUUUUAUUGACCCAUAUACUUUAAAAACCCUUGAAGUGAGCUCUCAAACUUAUUUUCAAUCUCCAUUUAGACCUCUAUUGACAGCAACUCAAUUGCUAGAAUAUACCGUAAAUGACGUCGAGAUGAAGAGAAAUCAUAAAGGUAGAGUUGUAAGUGCUCAAUCAGGAAGAUUCCAAUUGGGCGAAGUAUCUGUCGUUAAAACCUCUGAGCUUGGCAUUUCUCAUGACAUACAAACAUUUUGUCAUCUUUCUCAUUUGCUCGAGGCUGGAGACACUGUAUAUGGAUAUGAUCUGAAGAAUGCCAACUUCAAUAAUGAAGAUUUAUUAAGCUACAAGAAGCUUGUAGUACCUGAUGUAAUUAUUGUUCGAAAAAAGUAUGAUUGGGAUACACAACGAAUUUGGACGUUAAAGCACUUUUGCAUGGAGCCAGAAGGGAAAGAUUACGAAACAUUUUUGAACGAAUUGGAAGAAGAUCAAGAGCUGAGAUCCAAAGUACUUCUUUUCAAGCAUGAAAAUUCAGAGACCAUAGCCAGCAAGAUUAAGUUUGAUGGAGAGGGCAAAAACCCAAGAGUCAAGCUGGAGGAGCUAUUGGAAGCAUGGACUAUUUAA